CCCAUCACCUUAAACCUCUGUCCUAUGGUUCACAAUUUCCCUACUCUACGCAAGACACUCUGUACAUCUAUUCAAACUAUUCCUCUCAUGAUUUUGUGCACACAAAAUGUUCACCUCUAAUUCCUCAUUUACUGAAUGUUGCCACCUCAUCUGUUAAAAUUACUUCCUGCUUUACUCAAUUCCACCUGUUUUAAUAUAUUCCUUGUUACCUUACUGCAUGCAUUCCAACAAAUCGUUCUUCGUGUCACACCCAUAAAUGAUCAAAUUUCUCUUUGGGCACACCCAUUAUUCAUAAAUAAUGUUACGCAAACAUAAACUAAAGAUACCAAAUGCCAAAUUAAACGAUCGAGGACAGUCUCACAAAACAUCUUCACUGACACUGCCAGUUUAAAACAGAUUGUUAAUAGAAACAUAAAAUUCUUAAAGGGUACAGAGGCCCGGGACCGUGGGAGAGUGUGGAGGAGGGUCAGGGUGGAGCCUUUGGAGAAAUGUCUCAUUGCCAUACCAUGAUUCCCAUUCAUCACAUAUUUAUCGUUGUCCUCAUAAUUGGAGCUAGUGUUCUGCUAUAUGUAAGUUGGGAUUUGAAAACACGACAAAAUGUUCAAAAGCACAUGGUAGGAAUGUCACACGUGGAAGAUGAAGCUACCCUGGAUGAUCCUCACCCACUCCUGAAUCCUGGGAUUAUGCUUGUGGAAAUAACAGACAAUGCGGAGCUGAAGCCAUUGGUGAUGUGCUCAGUGGAGUCUGCUGCUCGUCAAAACCCAGAUAAAACAAUCUAUUUCUUCAUGAAGGGGUUCAGUGGCAACUUGAGCCAAUAUUCAGAGCCUAAAUACAGACUCAUCCCGUUGCUCUCCUCAAUGAAGAAUGUUGUUCUUCUACCUUUAAACGCUACCAAACUGUUUGAGGAUACUGCAUUGAAAAUUUGGUAUCAAAAGGUAAAUCCAGAAAAGGAGAAGUUUUGGACCCAUGUGUUUGCUGAUGGCUGCAGAUUAGCACUGCUGUGGAAAUAUGGGGGCAUCUACCUGGAUACUGAUAUUAUAUCAAUGAGGCCAAUGCCAUUUGCUAACUUUACAUGCCCUGAGACUGCUGGAACUGUCAGUAAUGGGGCUAUAGGUUUCUCACAUAGGCAUCAUCCUGUUUUAUGGAAUUGCAUGGAAGAUUUUGUGGCCAAUUACAUUGGACAUAUUUGGGGUCAACAAGGCCCUAGACUGCUUACCCGUGUGCUGAAGAGAUGGUGUCAGACGGAUAAUCUAGCUCCCUUCAUUGGCAAAGAAUGCAACGGCAUCUCUUUAUGGAUCACAAAUCGGUUCUACCCAAUCCCACAUCCAGCUUGGAAGAGGUACUAUACUACUUGGGAAAAGAAGGAUAUAGAGCGGACAUUCUCAGCAACGUAUGGAGCACAUGUCUGGAAUUAUAUGAAUACCAAUGAUGCAAAGAAAAUCAUUGUUGGAAGUGGAUCAUUAAUUGAAAAAUUUUUUCAGUUGUAUUGUCCAACUACAUACAGAAAAGUAAUUCAGUUGAAUCAUAGUACAUGGUGAUUUAUGUCCUGAUGUCCUUGUUUUUAGUAUGUCUAAAGUGUGUUUUAGUAUGGGGGGGGCGGGGCGGGAAUUGGGGAAACUGUUUUUUAGUCACUUACCUCGGUGGAAUGCGACUUUUCUCCUAGUUGCAAUUCGCCCUCCCUCGCGGCCUAAUAAUUUGGAUUGGUGUGGCCUCUCCCGGAGUCGGGUUCAGAGCUUCACCGGUGGACGCAGCGCGGACUUUCCAUCGUGAAGCUGGGCAAUCCCUUGCCGCGGGUCGCUAGAAGAAGUGCUCCAAUCGCUGGCCCACAGAGUACGACAUCCUGAAGCUGCGGUUUGUGGAGCUUCUAGCCGCGGGCAUGGCGUGGACUUUCCAUCGCGGACCGGGUGAGCCCGAAGCAGUGCUCCAACCGCCAGCCUGCAGCCUAUAACAUACUGAUGCCGCAGUCUGCAGAGCUUCUAGCCGCGGGUGCGGUGUGGACUUUAAGAGAUCCGACCGCCGGCCCGAGUUCUAAAACCAAAGGCUGUGUGUCUUUGUUUUGGAAAUGCUAAAACUGUGUUGCCUUUGGUUUGGAAAUGCUAAAGCUGUGUUGCCUUUGGUUUGGAAAUGCUAAAAUGUGUUGCUUUUGGUUUGGAAAUGUUAAAAUGUUUUGCCUUUGGUUUGGAAAUGCUAAAACUGUGUUGCCUUUGGUUUGGAAAUGCUAAACCGGUUUGUCAACCGGCAGCCACAAACCACUACACAUUAAUGACAUUGAUCUGGAGUUUGUCAGUAGCACUAAGUUCCUGAGGGUGCAGAUCACGAACAGUCUGACCAGGUCACAAAUCAUCGCAUCACUAGUUAAGAGAGCGCAGCAGCGUUAGCACUUUCUGCGCUGGAUAAGAAGACCUCACCUCCCCCAUCCCGUCCUCACCACUUUCUACAGGGGCACCAUAGAGAGCAUUUUGACCAGCUGCAUCUCGGUCUGGUUUGGGGACUGCAAAGCCUCCGACUGGAAGUCCAUGCAGAGAGUGGUGAGGACGUUUGAAAAAGUCAUCGGGACUUCUCUUCCUUCAAUCCAGGAUAUUGCGUGCAAACGUUGCUUGUCCAAGGCCAACAGCGUUAUAGAAGACCCCACACAUCUCCAUCAUGGACUGUUUACUCUGCUGCCCUAGGGCAAAAGGUAUCGCAGUAUAAGGAGCAGAACGGCCAGGUUUUGCAACAGCUUCUUCCCCCGAGCCAUCAGAAUCUUGAAUUCCAUAUAAUGCGCCGCAACAAUGAUCAAUUUUAUCUAUUUUUUCUUUUUAUCUAAUGAAUCUUUUUAUCCAUAUCCUUUUAUCCAUAUCCUUUUUAUCCUUUUGGUGUUUUAUGUUGCUCAGUGAGCCAGAUGCAACAAAAUUUCGUUCGGACUUGUAUUUGUUGAUUUUUGAAUGACAAUAACGUCUUUGAUUGAUUAAUUGAUUGAUUGAUUCAUAAAGCUGUGUUGCCUUUGGUUUGGAAAUGCUAAAGCUGUGUUGCCUAAUUAAAGUUUCCUUGCCUAAUUAAAGUUGCCUUGCCUUCUAUAUAAUUAAAAGUCUAAUCUUGACUA